UGUCGGUCAGAUAUCGUAGAGUUUAUCAUUAACCGUAUGUAUGUACAAGACCUGCUGAAAAUUGCAGCGACCUAUUCUAUCAUGGGUAUUAAUUAACGAGGCUUCGAUAAGAAGUAGUAAGGUGACUUUUUGCAGCGGGUUUUGCAAAUCUACGCGUGUGGUUUAUUUGCACGUAAUAAACCAACUGCCUUGACUUAUAAGGAAGCGACAUCGAGGCAAGAUUUCUGAAUUAAGCAAAAAUAUAAACUUGGUAAAAUGACGCCUUUAUCUGACGAGGAAACGGUGGCACCGAACUACACGGGAGAAGCCAAGACUGGAAACCUCAUGCUGUGUUCUGAUAUUGGGUCAAUGCACAACGAGAAAAUAAAAGAACCGACCACCCUUGCCCCGGCUUUGAACUCCAGACUCUCAGCUCUCCGAAAUGGCCCAACCCGUCCCAAAAGAGAAAUAUUUCCGCGUUCAUCAUUGUCAGGAAGCAAAGCAAACUCAAAGCUUCCACGAUUAGUCAAAGUGAGCGUAUACACCAAGGCCGUCAACCCAUAUAUGGUGAUCCACGAUUCCAAUCGAAAAUACGCCAAACCAGUUGCAUGUAUCAAGCUCAUCAACAGCGACAUCAAGCGGAUAGGUAACGAUAAUGACGUCACUGACGACAGGGAAUUUCAAAUCCAUCGUCACGAUGACGUAGACGGGUCAGGGGUCGUAACAUUUCGUGCAAUGUCGUCAGAAAAAUGUGACGAGUGGGUUGACUUUUUACAAGGGCUUACCGGCGUGGCUGGUGGUCAAAGUAGCCGCACAUCCGGUUAUAUUCCGGGUUCAAGCGUCCUGCCCACCCUCGUUGAGCAAGAAGACAUCGACUCCGAAAACGCUCCUUCCGCCGAAUCCCUGAAGGCCCCAGCCCGCAGGAAAUCCCGGGAGGGCCGACGUAACAGUUUGAAUAGUCUUGGAAUACGCUUACGUUGCUACAGCAUCGGUAAACAAAGAUAAUCUACGUCAUUACUUUGUUCCAAAGCGUCCACAACAACCAGCUAUUGUGACGUGACAAGUUUUUACAUUUAUUCGAAUCUUUUAUUUUAUAUAUUGCCUUAAAAGGUGCUAACCGCGAAGAAUUCAUUUUUUGUCGAUUAUUACGCUGUGCAUUUUAUGAUUGUUCACGCUUCGUAUUUCCCUAUUUGUUGUUUUGAUAUUACUUUUAAAAAGUGACAAAAAUACACAAAAUAUUUAAUAUUA